GGGAAUAUGGCGGAAGCUCCAGUGGAGGAGAGCGUGAGCCCGAUCCUGUUACCAGGCACCGGCUCGGUAGCAACCGGCCUCCUGAGCCAGCUGCACGCAACUUCCUGGGAUCCGACACUCAGCACCGACUGGGACAGCGAGAAGCCUUCACAGCCCUGCCUGCUCCGGAUCAAAAGGGAUAUCAUGUCUAUUUACAAAGAACCACCACCAGGGAUGUUUGUUGUCCCAGACCCGCAAGAUAUGACUAAGAUUCACGCACUAAUUACAGGACCUUUCGACACACCUUAUGAAGGAGGCUUUUUUCUUUUCCUCUUUCGCUGCCCUCCUGACUAUCCUAUCCACCCACCGAGAGUCAAGCUCAUGACAACUGGAAACAGCACUGUGCGGUUUAACCCAAACUUCUACCGGAAUGGCAAAGUGUGCCUCAGCAUACUUGGCACAUGGACAGGGCCUGCCUGGAGCCCGGCCCAGAGCAUCUCUUCUGUACUCAUAUCCAUUCAGUCCCUUAUGACUGAGAAUCCAUAUCACAAUGAGCCAGGUUUUGAACAGGAGAGACAUCCCGGCGAUAGUAAAAACUACAAUGAAUGCAUACGGCAUGAAUCUCUCAGAGUAGCUGUCUGCGACAUGUUAGAUGGCAAGUGUCUGUGUCCAGACGCACUAAGAAGUGUGAUGGAGAAAUCUUUCAUGGAGUUCUAUGAUUUCUAUGAACUGUCUUGUAAGGACCGGCUUCAUCUGCAGGGACAGACCAUGCAGGAUCCUUUUGGGGAGAGGCGAGGUCAUUUUGAUUACCAGACCUUACUGAAUCGCCUGCAGGCCAUAAGACAGCGAUUGAAAAAGAAAAAUGAAGAGGAAGCAAUGGAGCCAGACUCUGACAGCAGCUCUUCAGGAACUGAGCAAGACAGUCAAGGCACUACCCACCCCUAGAAUACGAACACUGGAGCAGACCAUGUUUGUGAUAGUGAGGAUCCAAGGGAAGCUGAGCUGAAGCUCAGGUGUCCAGGAGCGAGACCUCUCGCAUGGUUUUGUACAUAGACCAAAGAUCUGGCAUCUUUGAGGGCAGCCUGUUUUACUCAGCUUUCGCUUUGUAAUGCUAGAAAGGAGAGAAUUGGCUUGGGUAAGAAUCACAUGAUUAUAAUUUUAAAAAAUAUUUUAGCUCUCCAAUCCAUACUCUUUUUUUGCAGGGCACUGGUUUCACUGUAAAGUGUUGCUCUGUAAUCUCCAGUGUACCCCACAAGAUUUAGCCUUGUGCCUCAUCCACAUCAGUAUAACCACCUGUAGGAGACAGUGUGGACAAUUGAGUUUUUUUUAUACUGAGAUACACGUGAGAAACGUCCAAGUAUUCACAGGUUACAAGUUUAGUCAUCUUGCAACAGCACCAUGUAGAGGAGUGCCCUGAGGCUGGUUUCUGUCAACUGUGUUUAAAUGUUAACCUCAAAAGCUACAGAAUUAAUUUACUCCAAAGAAAACUUUUCUUGAGUAUGUUGUCAGAUCUGUUGCAAAUGAGCACAUGUACCUGUUUUAAAAGACCCUUUGAUCUUGCUAACACAGUCCAACACUCUUUUGUUAAGUGCACAGCAAGUGAUACAACUUGAAAGAAAAACUGUUUACUAAAGGGUUGCUUUUUAUAAGCGUCCACAUUAAUGACAUUUGAUUGUAAAAGUUUAAAUGUUCCCGUAAUGAACAAUAGCUCCUCACAUUUAACUCACUUAGAUAAAACCUGCAUUAUUUGUGUUUCUCUUUAAUGGAGGAUUUCUAUAAAACUCACAAAACACACCCCUCACUGACCUAUGGUACUGUAUAGUUUGUGUUUCUGGUCCCCUCUCCUGGCAGAGUACAAACUUUAAAGGAAAAACGACUCUGAUUUAUCAUAAUGUGUUUUAUUGGGCUUCCCAAUCAUGCAUAUUAUUUAAAGGGAGAUGUCUGCUUUGGUAUAUAACUGAUCACCCAAUUGAGAGAGACUUGAUGUGACAUUCAGUGCAGUUUGACAUCUUUAUUCCACACAUUGGCAAAUCUAAAUGAAUUUAUUUCAGUCUGUGUUCUAAUCACACAGGUUGUAUGGUGGCUGCAAAUUAUGUGGGCUGGUAACUUAUUCUAUGAUCUGUUAUCCAUGUUUAAUAGCAGGCUUGCAUGAGGAGAAGGGCUGUGGAGAAUCAAGUGGAAACCAUGAUAAAAAAUCAACCAGGAGCAAUUUAGAUUACUAUUUUAGAAAAAUCUGCUAAAACAUCCUAUUGACCAGUUGUCUCAAAGUCCUACAUUGUGUAUCUAUAGGUAGGUGACCUCCUUUCACAUCUCUCUAGGUCAGAUUUGGGGAUGAUUUGUGGUCAUAACAAAUGCAGUCCUGGUUCGGCAAUGUGUUGUUCAAUUUUGUUUAAGUGACUUAAAUCUUGAGGUAAAUAUAAAUCUUUUUUCACAUAGUUUGGCCUACGUACUAUACCAUUGAGAUUGGACCCCCCUCAACUCCAACCAAUUCGCUGAGUUCCCAGUGUUACCCCCUCAUUCUCUCAAAUGCAGGUUCAAAUAGAGUCCAAGAAAAGAGACUGAAGCCAAAAUUUUAUCAUCUCAGUCUGAUCCAGUCAGCGUCUUUCUAACCUCUUUGACUCACUGUUGUCCAUCCAGGAUUUACUGGUUGGGUGAAUGAUAUAAACUUACGUAUUGCUGAAAAAAGGACAUGUCUUUUUUCAGCAAUACUCAAGUUCUGUACUACCAAACAACUAUAAACUUAUGUCUGCAAACACAGGAAACUUUUAAAAUGAGGUUCUAGUUUCUAUUUGAACAAACCUGACGUCACCAUAAAUAAUUGUCACGCCCAAUCGAAUAAUUCUCAGCAUUGCUCAUAACAAUUUCAUUCUCCCCAUCCCCCAGCUCCCACUGACUUCCUUCCUUUACAAAGCAGAGUAGGUUUUUUUUACUGAGUACAUUUAUUAAUUUCUGUAUGUCUCCCAUUCAUGACUCCUGGCAGGACAAACCCGAUUUUGCUUUGUGAGUGUCUGACUGAAAGGUGAAAAGUUCAACCAAGGUUUGUGGAUGGGAAUAAUUUUUGUCAGACCAGAACAGGUGCAUUACUGGGUUUAUUAGGUGAAAAGUUCAGAAAGUGGUGGGGUCACUGACAUCAAUGAAACAUAUGCCCACCCUCUUUUGGAAGUAAUGAGAGUUCCUGUGUCCUCUAUCAUUACAAGGGAGUCUCCCAAACCUUGCUCCCAGUUCCUCUGGUCUUGGUUCUGUGAACUAGUCACUAGAAAUAUAGAAUACCUGGAGCAUUGUACCUGAUGCCCCAGUGCUAUGAUGCCACACUUUAUAUCACUCCUGAAACACGGCAAUCAUUGCUGUAUUCCAUAGUCAUACAAUGUUUAAAGAAGCAUUUUGAUGCCAAGAUUUGACAUGUGCAAAGUGACUAGUUAACCAGACUACAAUGAAUCUUUUGGAGACCAGACUUUUCCCCAUCAGACAGAUGGGGCCACAUUGCAAGUCCAGAGUUUGAGAAGCUUGUACAGCCAUGUGGCUGCACAAUAUCACAAGUACAGUUGAAUUCACCCCAUCACUUUGUUUCCAUUGAUCCAAUUUUACAGCAAGUUCAGGGAUAGCUCACUGCAGCUGACACCUUCCCCUCCAUGUUACUAGACCUGCGCCUUUCAGCUGAAACACACUGUUGGAGACAAUAGCAUAUUUGAACCUCAGGAAAAAAGACACUGCUUUUGUUUCCUCAGCUGCUCAGAACAUGUCAGGAGUAAAGCAGCUCCCAAUUCUCACAACUGAUAAUCUAAGGUCCAAUAUUACAGUCAGUCAAGUAAUCUAAAAUGAAUUUUCAAAUGAUUCAACCCAAACCAUUGACUAAGGAGUAAUAGCUUAAAAUCUCAUGUUCUUUUAUGCUUUAAAUAACUAUUACUCCUUAUUCCCAUUUCUGGAGCCAGCUUAAUCACAUUAUUGUCAUUAACUAAAAAUAUCUAACCCAUUGUUACAUAAGUUAGAGCAAUAGGAUUGUUAGCCUUCUCUAAAUAAUUUGCUGCUUUAUAAUGUCAGAUUCUAUUAAUAAUGAUUAACCCAUUUGUUGCCAUGUUGAAGUGAUUCCACCAUUCACACACAAGCCAUGUGAAAACAGGGAUGAUUGUGCAAUUCUAUGCACUGUGGUUUGUGCUGGUGAAAGUUAGACUGCGAAGAGACAAACCAUAAAGUUUUCCCGUCUGUAAAUAAUCUAAGCAUUUGAUUCACUUUCAUGGAAUCAGAUAAACAUUUAGUUUCAGUAUUUCAGCACAGUUAGCUGCAAAGAAACCUCAGGUCAUGGGGCAGAAUAGAGAGUAUGAUUUAGUGCUGGCUGUUUAGCGCCUGAUCUGUACGUUGAUAUUAUAAACCACCUCUUCACAUCUUAUGAUCACUCUGCAAAAGUGACCAACAGAGCUUCUUUGAAGUUAAAUCUCAGCACAGUAUGCUACAAGGAAGAAUUUGUGACAACAUUGCUGGGAGCUUACUGCAAAAUUACUCUUGCAGGUGUUUGCAACUUAGUCACUCCACCGGCCAUACUGUGUGUGGCACAGUACUAGGAUGGUCCCCGGCUGGUGUUGAUUGAGCUGAUCUCAGUGCUACAAUUGUUCUCAACACCCCAUGCCUGGGAAUUGCAAACAGCAGGGCAGCAGUUCUAAUCCUAGAUCAAUGCCCUUGACUCCUACAGAACAUGAGCGUCACAUGAGCACAUGGAUUGGAUACAGCUACAGUGCCCCAGACAAAUGAAACAGGAGGGUUUAACUAGGAAUUGCAGGUGGGAAAGUUGCAAGAGGCAGACAAGAGUGGAACUGCUCCCAGCGAUAUUUGAUGCCCUACUGUUAUGGUUAAAAUCUACAAUGAUUUAUUAUCUCCAAAUAUUGGCUGGAGUGCAGCCACUACAAAUCUCUACAUGAUGGCAGUGUGCUAAACUAUUGCUGUUUAUCCUGUGAACUGUGGCUGGUUACAGUGCCAUGGACCUAGUUCGAGUGAGGGGCUUGGGACUGUUUAGGAGUCAGUGGUUUUCUGAAAUUUGUAGCCUUUAAUACUGAUCGCGUGGUUGGGUGAUCCAUGGUGAGUGGGGCUUAGGGUGUUAUGACUGAUCGCAGCAGAAAAUGAGUCAGCCCUGUUGGUUGGUUCUAAUUGAAGAAUAUCAGUUACCAUAUGGCAUCAUACAGAUCAGGCUUGUCCCUGGACACCCAACCAUGAUUACCUUUUCAGGCGGUCCAAAAGGGAGACAAUUUCUUUGUUUAGCACCAAGGACCACUUGGUCAUAAUGAAUUUGAUAUGAAUCCUUUGAGGUUUACCCAGGAGACAGUAUUACACUGAACUCCAGCCAUUAAUUGUAGUGUACUGCUUAAUGGACAGUAUCCUGAACUCUUUUCUCAAAAUAAUACAAAGUAUUUUUUAUGUUCUACAGGCCUCCAGAAACCCAUAAAUGUAUAAUGUCCUUGGGUAAUAAAGGAAAAGAAUCCUGAUUUGUCUAAAGUUUGAGGCAGAUGAUUUGAAACUUGACAUAGAGACUUUACAUCUCAAUUUUCUUAUCUCUCUAACUGAUGUCUUCAAUUAAGCUAAAAUGGUUUGAUGAGCUCUCCUGUCCAGUUGAGUUUGUAAAUAUGCCUGCCACUGUGGAACUAAGCCAUACAGACCAGAGCUCACCAAGGUCCAAGUCUUUGGGCUGUUAUCAUUCACCUCAGCAUCCAUGGGUGAGGGAUGUAGGAAACAAUCCAGCCACUAUUUCAGUUCCUGAUCAGUGUUCAGAAACACUGCUGGAAAGUGCUCAUUUGUUGAGUUUCGAUCAGGUUAAGGUGUGAUGAGGCACAGUCAAACAGCCUGCAAUUUGCCUAUUAAGAAUGGCGUCUUGGACAAGGUACCAAUAGAGCCUCAGCUGCUUGGCAAACAUGCCUGGCUAGAGUUUGGUAUUUUCAGGAAAGAUGGGGAAUUC